AUGGCGUCCCCUCCCUUCGACAGUAUCACCUCAUUCACAAAGACCUGGCACAAUGAUACCUACCCGUCCAUCUCGCCCACAAGACCAGAGCUUUCGGUCACCGGAAAGCACGUCGUCAUCACGGGCGGUGGUACAGGCAUUGGUAAGGCGGCCGCUAUUGCCUUUGCUCAGGCCAAUGCCAAGUCGGUCUCUAUCAUUGGGCGCCGCAUCGAUCGCCUACAGACUGCUGGGCAGGUCAUCGCGGAAGCCAACUCGCCGACCCAGGUCAUUUUACAGACAGGCGACGUCACCGACCGCGCGUCCAUCGAGGCGGCCCUGAGUGCAAUUGUCUCCAAGAUCAGGAGCAAGAUUGACAUAUUCCUCGACAAUGCCGGAAUGCUUCCAGAAGAGGCCCCUGUUAUCGGCUACCAGGAGGCAGAGAUCCGUCGAGGCUUCGAGAUCAACUUUCUCGGCCCAUUCAACUCGUUGCAGGCAUUCACCCCUUUGGCGGCUCCCGGUGCAAAGUUGCUGCACACAGGAUCUUCCAUCGGCCACUGGGCUCCUCUCCCAGAGGUUCCAGGAGUGUGGAACUACGCUGCCAUCAAGGGAGCGGCACAGAAGAUGCUCGAGUAUUACGCAUCCGAGAACCCGGAUAUUCAUGUGUCGAGUUUCCAUCCAGGCAUCGUCGGAACCGAGAUCAACCCAAGCAUCCCGAUUGGCCCAGACACAGUUGAGUUGCCCGGACACUUUGUCGUGUGGCUUGCGUCGGAUGAAGCUGCCUUUCUGAGAAACAAGUUUGUCUGGGCGAAUUGGGAUGUUGAGGAGCUCAAGGCUCGAGCGGAUGAGAUCCGGGUAUCAUCUCUGUUGACGGUAUCUCUCAAUGGCGUCGACGUUUAG